AUGUGGACGAUACCCGAACUCAACAACUCGCUACGUCCAGUUCUGUUCAACAAUGAAAGCGACGUGAUAGUUACGGAUCACGUGGGUCUCUACGAAAACAAGCAAAAGGUGCCUAACUUUCAGAACGGCCGUAUCUACCUCACCUCUGAACGGCUCAUCUAUGUCGACAAAGACUCUCCCAAGAAAUUCACCAUUAGCAUUCCUCUCAAGGCUGUCAGCGAGGUAGAACACUCGGGCGGCUUUUAUCUGAAAACGUCACCGAAAAUCACCUGCUUUUUGAAGCCCGAAGAGACCUCUUCAUCUAAAGACUCCGGACAUCACGCAGUCGAUACCACGUGGAUCUGUACCAUUUGCUUCAUGUCCAAUACGCUUAAGAGCUGGAGAGAGGGUAACGAGAUCCCCAAGUGCAGUAUGUGCGGAGUAAAGCCGUCGAUAGACAUCAUCGACAACGCUGUCAAGGCUACAAAGGAUAGCAGCAAGAUGACUAAGAAGAAGGCUACUGUGGAAACCAACGAAUGUCCUCGUUGCACGUUCAAAAACCACCCGUCAAUGCUCAAUUGCGAAAUGUGUGGAGCUGUCAUCAAGGCAAUUCAAGCCCAGACAGUCAGAUGUCUCAUCCCCAACAAUUCGCCUGUGGUGGCUUUUCGUCUGUCUUUCAGAAAAGGAGGCGACAAGCUGUUUCUUGAAAAACUCACAUCUUGUAUCAAUAAAGAGGCGGUUUCCAGAACAUCCGAAGGGUCCAGAGACUCUAAGGAAAACUCCAGAGACGCGUCUGUCACUCCAGGUCUCUCGGGAUUACAAUUAUCAGGCCAGCAACGCCUCUCGGCGAACGACUCGCUUAUGGAAUCUGCUCUGGUUGACUUGCAGGCUCUCAUGACUCAGGGAAAACAGGUGCUGACACUAGCAAAGUCAUUCCAAUCACUCAUAGAAGCCGAGGGUGGAACUUCUACCACCAUCACUGUUUCUUCUUCCUUUGACGCAGCAGACUCUUUAUCAGAAGAUGUCUUCUACCAGGAGCUGUCUCGAGACCUCUCUGAGUUCCUCCACAGCGGUGUACUCGACAAGGAAGGAGGUAUCAUCAGCCUGUUCGACCUCUAUGCGCUCUACAACAGAUCCAGAGGCUACUCUCUGGUCUCUCCAAACGACUUAUACAAGGCAUGUGCGCAAAUGGAGAGCCUGGGACUGCCUGUGAAAAUGAGACGCUACAAAAACGGAUUUCUGGCAGUCCAGGAGAAGUUCAAGACGAACGACGCACUCACAAAACAACUCAUAUCGUGGAUUAAGACCGUGGACGCUUCAAACACAAAGGGUGUGUCUACUCUGGGGGUCUGCUCCAAGUUCAAAUGGAGCGUGGGCGUUGCAGAGGAAGAGCUUCAGUACGCAGAAGAAAAAGGUCUUUUAUGUAGAGACGAGCAUGUCACUGGUUUGCGAUAUUUUGUCAAUAUAAUGUGCACGUGA